AGCGUUUGUGGCGUCAUGUCACCGCUGAUAAUACUCUGCAUUUUGUGGUUGACAGUAGUAGUCAGUGGUUUUACGGAUAGUACGGAAUGCCAGAUUUACAACAACCUUCACGUAUGCACGGAUGGCACUAAGCUCCGUAGCGUCUCCUUCGUGGAUGUCAGGGCCGUUCAGACGAUAGACGAUAUUGAGUUGCAUUUGGAGAAUCUUGGUAUCACGGAAAUAUCGAAUAACGCUUUUGCAGAUGUCAGAAAUGCCUCGUCUCUCUACCUCAAGGAAAACAAAAUAUCAAAAAUUUCGAAAAAUUUUUGUCAAUUCAUGGACCAACUGACUUAUCUGGACCUAUGCAAUAACACCAUCAGUGAAAUAGAAGACGGCAGUUUUGCCAGGCUGACUAGCUUGGAAACUUUGCUGCUGGACUACAACAGUCUGACAACUUUUGAUCACAACACAUGGAAGGGCCUAUCGCAUCUGCACGAGCUUUAUCUGACCAAUAAUAGCAUCGUACUGAAAAAGAACAUGUUCAAAGGACUGAGGCACCUGGAGACUUUGGCACUUGACGCAAAUGGAAUAACCAAAAUCCCCGUUGGAACCCUCAACGGUCUACCAAACCUGGAUCUACUUUAUCUAUCUCGAAAUUUGGUAUCUAGCAUAAAUGCUGAGAUAUUUCGCAACCUCGGUGAAGUGAAUGAACUCGAUCUGGGCAGAAAUCACAUCUCUACAAUCCCCGAUGGAGUCUUCAGACACCUCCGAAAUCUCGAGUCGCUAUGGCUCAAUGGAAACCAUUUGACGACUCUUCAGACGGGUGCUUUUGAUGGCUUGGAAAACCUUUCGUCUCUUUUCCUCAACGGCAACGAUUUUCGCAGUGUCGAACUUACCACUUUCACGCGAAUGAAAAACGUUACCAUUGAACCCGGAUUCCGAGUAAACGGUUCAGUCGUCAGGAAAUUCAACACACUUCAGGGCCGAUUCAAAUGCACCAAUCGUGAUUACCAGGAACCAUAUGACUGCGAGAAAAUUAUUGAUUAGACACUGAAUCACCUUCAUCUGCCAGUAUCUUCUCAUCCAUUAUUCUUUUUAGAAAGGUACAACAAGAGUACAAUAGGUAUAUUGAAGGAUGGCUUUUUUUUUCUCAUUUUUCCACACGAUCAAUGUGAAAGUAUGUGAUUAGCGUCUUAUUUCUUUGGUUAGAUUUGAAUAUCGAAACUCAUCCGAUAAUCUUAUUGAGCAUUUGAAAACUCGACUGAAUACUGUUUUCUAUCUUAUAUUAUGGGUUUGGAAUUUUAGCUGUA